AUGUCCAUCAUGGAUUUCUCAAUAGAGCCGUCUUCUGUCAAUCCAGAUAAAUUUGGAUUGUCGACUGGCUAUUUCUUUUCAGUUAACAUCGUUGUUGGAGCUGGUUUCUUGGCUCUUCCACAUGCAUUUAAGACAAGUGGGUGGUUGAUUUCUUUCUUUUACAUGAUUUUCACAGCGUAUCAGAGUUACUAUCUAGCUCGGCAGCUCCUUGAAGUAAUGAGCCGAACAGAAGUCAUAGUUCGGCUUCGAGAAGAAGGAAAAAAGGUAAAACCACCUACAUGGCGACAAAUUCUCACAGGCCAAAAAGCAGGCGAAGAUUUAUUAGAAAAAGAGCGCACCCCACGUCCAAUUAUCACAAGUCGAAGGUUCGACGUCACAGAAAAUAUCCGAAUUUUAUUUGGCCAGAAAUGGGCGACUUUUUAUAUUAUAAUCUUAAGUUUCUACUUCCAAGGUGCACAAUUAGGCUACGUCUCUAUUUUUGCGAGCUCUUUUGCAUAAUUAAAAUAUGGCGUCUCAGCCUGGUCAUGGAGCUUCGAGGAUAUUUUAAUUAUAUCCGGCAAGGUUUUGCCAUUCUGGAAAUGGGCAACAAUGCCAGGUAAGCAACUCUGCAGGGCAGAGCCUGGCCCAUGCUCAACUAGCGAGAUGGGUUUUACCUCGUGAGGAAGGAAGGCACAUUGUUUGGAAAGGGGAAGCCCAACAAAGCCCUUCGGACUAAUCGGGCAACUCCCUAGUGUGAAACUGGGUGUUACGUCCCAGGCCGUGUGUUCUCCCUUUUUGCUGAAAAUCGGCCAGAAAAUCCAUUUUUUGGAUUUUCUGAGCAGGCAACUCACAUGGCAAGUGAAGUAGCUCACUCAUGAGCCGUCGGAGUCGGCAAUACUUGCCCCAAGAAGCACCCUGGUGAUCAAAGUAAGAUGCCCCCAGAGACUUGUGGGCCCGAUGCGGCGAAGGCUAAGCGGGAAGACCUGGGGUCUGUCAGCCCCGUAGGGAACGUUAAACGAAAUAAGCCUUAAUAUAAUGUAAUGCGAGCUCUUUUGCUUCAAAUAUCCCGCUUCCAUGGGCUAAGAAGUGUGAUAUUUAUGAAACCUCAAGCUAUUCUGAUUCCUGCUAUGAGAAUUAUUGGAUAUUUCUAAUUAUUUAUGCUGUUUUUAUGACUUAUUUGACUAUUAAAGGCAUGAAAGAGCAGCGGUGGGUGCAAAGUGUGUUGACAAUUAUGAGGUUUAUUAUUAUUGGUCUAGUCCUUAUAACGUCAAUAGCUCUUUUAAUUCAGCAAAAGCAAGUCGACCAUGAUGUUCAUGAAUCUUUUGACGACCCGCCUUUGGCUGUGUGGACUCAUUUGUCUAGUAUGGCUUCUAUUAUUCUUUUUGCCUUUGUAUACCAAAUCCAGUUCCCAAGCAUUGCGGAAUUCGUGAGAAGCAGGGUAAAAAACUUGAAAAGAAUUAUCAUCAUGGUAGCAGCGACGUCGUUCACAUUAUAUGCGAUGUUAGGGAUCAUUGUCCCGAUGGCUAUUCAUGAUGUAAAAGGAGAAGUUAAUAUAUCAUUUAGAGAGUACUCAGCUGGGUACUCACAAAGUGAUAGACCAUGGUGGACUUAUAUAAUAGCGUAUAUUAGGGUAGACAUAAAUUAUGAUAGAAAUUAUCAUUACUUUUAUAGGAAAAAUUACUUUGAUUUUUUAAUAGAUUUUACCAUAUCUACCGUAUAUUAUAGUGCUUUUCCCUGCUUUUGAUGUGUUUUCAAGCUUCCCACUUAUGGCGAUUCCAUUAUCUGAUAAUGUGCUUACUAUGCGUUAUGGCAUUGGAGAGACCAAGAACUUGCCUUUUAAAACUGUAGCUAUUUGUAGAUUUUUGUGUGUAGUUUUGCCAUUCUCAAUUGCAUUUUUUGUGUAUGAUUUGGUAAGAGCUAUGUAGAGCAUUAUUUUGAACUGGGUUGGACUGUUUGGGUUUAUUUUAGUACCAAUUGCGAUACCACUUAUGCAUAUAGCGGCAAGGGAGAUGGUGGAAACACCUUCACCGUAUGAUGUGAAAUUUUCGUCAAGGGUAAGAGCUAUUUAGAGAAUUUCACUAGCGAUUGUAGGGUUUAAUAGUUUAAUCAUGCUUUAUGUGCUAGUAAACAUGAUUGUAGUAGCUGCUUCUUCUUCUUAA